ACCGGACCCACCGUGUCAUUGCGUGCCAAAAGCGGGGAGAGCACGGGGGGGGCAUAGAAUUAUAGAUGUGGGCACGCGUGUGUGUGACCCCACCACGCUCCCCCCGCUUUUGGCACACGAUAGCAAAAAGGUUAGCCAUCAGUGUCCUAGAUGGUCAAGGGACUAGUUUUUUCUCAACAUGGUACCCUCCAGAAUAGCCUAUAUCAGUGUUGGCGAACCUUUUCGGCACCGAGUGCCGAAAUAGGAGCAUGCGUGGGCACGCGGAGGAGCAUGUGUUAACUGUGACUUUAUGGCAGAUUCAUUCAUGGUAAAAAAAACCACCAUGAUUUACUCAAUUAACUUUGAACCAGAAGCUGGAGACUGACAACACACUAAGGCAGAAAUCUGAUUGGUUAGUUGGGAAUUAACCAGAUUUUCCACUUCAAAGCUGGCUGGAAGUGGAGUGGAUUUUAACUUUCUAGCGUAUUGGUUUUCAUGCAGAUUUUAAUAGUGAUUUUUGUCUCAAUGAGAUAUGCAAGUCACUGAAUUUUUUUUUAUCACUCAGUGAAUUUCUGUUGAGUACUUAUCCACUAACCUAAGCAUUCUUUACUUAGCUUUACCCAGAGAAGUAGAGCUAUUCCUUGGGUGUUGAAAGCUACAGAAAAAAGAUAAGUCAUUUAACCCUUUAUGGGAAAGUCUUGGCUGGAGCUUGUUGCAUUGGAGUCAAUGAACUUCUCUUAUGAUGGCAUUGUCAUACUCACAGGCAGUCACACAGGCUAGCCUUAUGGCCCCUCACUCACGUACUAACAGUCCAACAUCCUCUGUCUGAUUCAGGCGACAUUUUUGACCUUUUGUUUCCCUUAAGGACUGGGUUCCUUCUUAUCUACCUCCCUGAAGGAAUCUUUUAGACCAGGGGUCUCCAACCUUGGCAACUUUAAGCCUGGAGGACUUCAACUCCCAGAAUUCUCCAGCCAAUGAGCUGAAGUCCGCCAGGCUUAAAGUUGCCAAGGUUGCAGACCAGAGAUGGUAUUCAGCAGGUUCUGACCAGUUCUGCAGAACCGGUAGCGGAAAUUUUGAGUAGUUUGGAGAACCGGUAAAUACCACCUCUGAUUGGCCCCGCCCACAUCUAUUCUUUCUGUGCCUCCCGAGUCCCAACUGAUCGGGAGGAAAUGGGGAUUUUGCAGUAUCCUUCCCCUGGAGUGGGGUGGGAAUGGAGAUUUUACAGUAUCCUUUCCCUGCCACGCCCACCAAGCCAUGCCACGCCCACCAAGCCAUGCCACGCCCACCAAGCCACGCCCACAGAACCGGUAGUAAAAAAAAAUUGAAUCCCACCACUGUUGCAUCCCACUAAAAUCCUGUUUUAGACAAAGAUUCCUGGCUUUUUAUCCUCUCUGUUUAUCCUCUCAGGCAUCUGCUUCAUUUUUUUUGUAUGUGUCAACCUAGUCUCACAAUAUGAAAGCAAGUUUCUCAUUGUAGUUGAAUGCUGGGCUCAUUUCUGAAAAGUCAGGCUUGUUUCCUUUAGACCAGGGGUCUUCAAACCUGGGAACUUUAAGACAUGCUGGCUGGGGAAUUCUGGGAGUUGAAGUCCACAAGUCUUAAAGUUCCCAAGUUUGGAGACCCCUGCUUUAGACCAACUAUAGCUACUUAAAGUCCUGUGGAUUUCAACUCCCAGAAUUCCUGAGCCAGCAUAGAAUUCUGCUUUAGAUGUGCAAAGAUUUUGAUUCCCCCCCCCCCCCAGACAUCUCAAAAAAAACAAAGUUUAAAUGCUUGGGAUCAUCUCAGGUGUCCUUUGUAAAAAGCCAUACAAGUUUUGGAAAACUUGUCCAGGUGGGACAGGCUACUCAAAAGCUCUUGCAUCCCACCCCUGUAUCCUCCCUCCCUCUCUGAGUUUUAACUCCUCCCAUUUCCUCUGUGGGAGGGGUUUUUUUUUUUUUAUCCGGUGGGCUCCACCCAUUAGACAAAUAGCCAUUCCCAAGCCUAAAGGCCCUUCAGUCUUUCCUUGGCUGUCUUCCUGGAGGAGAGAGAGGAGAAUAAAGCCUCGUCUAAUGGCAGAGAGAAGGAGAGCAAGAAUAGCUGCCCAGGAAGAUCUCUUCCAGCUGCUUACUAAUCCUGCUAAUCAACUGCUAAACAACAGUAACCACGAUGAUGAGGAUGAGGAUGAGGAUGACGAAGAAGAGCAUGAAGGCAUGGAAGAGUUGCGGCCAGGUACCUCUCAAAGUGCGCCCAGAAGGGUCAAGCCCUUGACGAGACGGGAAACUCCCAAGCAGCCAAAGAUCAUUCCAGUGGUGAAGAAGGACAAAGCCACCCAGCGUGGACACGCCUUGAAAAAAAGCCUUGAGAGACGUUGCUCAGAUUGUACGAGGACCCUUCAUUCCGCCGGCAGAGGGCGCCAGAGGAGCGAAGCCAACGCCGCUCGGGAGAAACCGUUCCAGUGUAGCGACUGUGGGAAAUGCUUCAUCUGGAGCUCCCACCUAGAGCGCCAUCGGCGGAUGCACACGGGAGAGAAGCCCUUCAAAUGCCUCAACUGUGGGGAAGCUUACAGCCAGAACUUCCACCUCUUGCAGCACAGCUGUGCCCAGCUGAUCGAAAAGCCCUUCAAGUGUCCUGAGUGCGGGAAACGCUUUGCCCAGAGCUCAGCCCUGGAGAACCAUCAGAAGGGCCAUACUGCAGAGAAGCCCCAUAAGUGCUCGGACUGUGGGAAAUGCUUCAUCUGGGCUUCCCAUCUGGAGAGGCACCGGCGGGUCCAUACCGGAGAGAGGCCUUUCAAGUGCCCUGAGUGUGGAGAGUCGUACAGCCAGAGUGCCCAUUUGGCCAAGCACCGGCGUAACCACAUGGGCGAGCGCCCUUACAACUGCCCUGCCUGCUGGAGAAGCUUUGCACAGAUCUCUGAGCUGGAGGAACACAAGAAGACCCAUCUGGGCUGCGAGGACUGUGGCAAGGUCUACCGGAGUCGGCAGACACUGAUGCGACACCAGCGGGGACACCACCGCGAGCGCACCCAUCUCUGUGAAGAGUGUGGGAAAGGGUUCGUGUGGGCCUCCCAUCUUGAGCGCCACCGUCGGGUGCACACUGGGGAGCGCCCGUUUCCCUGCCCUAUCUGUGGGGAGAAGUUCGCCCAGAAGGUCCACCUCCUUCAUCACAACAAGACUCAUUCUCAUACCCGGCCCUAUAAAUGUGGAGACUGCGACAAAUGCUUUGGGGACAGCUCUGCUUUCCUAGCUCAUCAGCGGGGUCACGCCAUGGAGAAGAACCACAAGUGCCAGUAUUGCUCCAAAAGCUUUGCCUGGAGCUCCCACUUGGAAAGGCAUCAACGUAUCCACACGGGAGAGAAACCCUACAAAUGCCCCAAUUGUCCUGAGCACUUUAGCCAGACUUCCCAGCUCUUCAAGCAUCAGCGCAGUCACCUAGGCAAGAGGCCCUACAAGUGCAGUGAAUGUGGGCGCAGCUUCAGCACCACCCUGGAAGUCCUCAUCCAUCAGCGGACCCACUUUGGGACCAAGCCCUUCCGGUGCUCCAGCUGUGGGAAGGGGUUCACCCGCCGAGCCAACCUGCUCAAGCAUCAAAGGUGCCAUGUUAAGGAUUCCCCUAAGGAACAUUUAAUUGAACUGAAAUAUGAAGGCAAUGGGUUCUCCAGUAUUUAACAGUUGAAGACCCCUGCAAGAAAAGGCCAUUGCCGAUGUUCUGAGGUUGUGGAGACUCCAGUUCUUGUUCAGCUCUUGCAACAGGACCCGAUGCUAUGAACAUGGUGGGAGAGAAGAACGUUUUAGGAAAUGUCUAGGACAGUGGGAAGCUCACGGAAAAGCCUUGGUGGUGAGGUAUGGCUGCCACCAGCAUAUGAAAGAAGACCUGUCAAGAAGACCAGUAAUAACCAUGUCCAUUGGCGAUGAGGAUCCUGAUUUAAGAGUCCACGCGGAUGACUUUAUUUCACAUUUAGUUGAUACUGUACAUAUCAAUGUGCCCCAAGGUUGGGGGAAAAGCUUUAUUUACUGUUCAUCUUUACGUUCAGUAACCUUGCCUCAGAUAGACCAAUUCUCUCCCCUCACAAUCCCCCCCCCCGUUUUUUUGAAACUCUGGAUAAUGAAGCUUUAACAAAUGCUAAAGACUGACCUCCAGACCUUAAUAUGCCUGACUGAGACUUUAGUAAAUGCUGUGGAAAUCUGCAUGGGGGCCUGAAAACGAGCAUUUCUAAGCCUCUUGAAUGUGGAGAAAAAGCUUUAUUGACUAAAGAACCUAAACAUCUGAGGCUUUGUGCUGGCCAAUUGUAUUUUAGUGAAUACCAUAAUUAGAUGGUACUGUAGUACCUGAAUAUCUAGAGACUAUCUUAAUAUCAAACUAUUCAAUUCUUGAUACAUUGUUGGGGACGGGACGGGACACUACAUGGAUAAAAACCUUCCCUAUUUUUUCUUGGCUCUUAGAAUCCUAGCUGUUUAGUUUCUACUUAACUAGUUUGGAGAGAGAUUACCUGCACCCAGAAAUAUUUCGAUUUCUUUUCCAGCAUUAACUAGAGAAACACUUGACUCUCCUGUAAUUAUGUGGAGUGUUGGUUUAAUGAGUCCCAGUCCACCAGGUAAACUUGGUUUUGGUGCUUUAACCUGGGUGUUCUUGAUAGAUUGGUCACAGCGGUUCGUUCUUAUGCAGGGAAGUGGGAUCUGCUUAACCAAGAUAAUGGAGGGGGAUAUCGGUUCAUUUGGGUUGAGAUGGCCAAAAGGAUGGAGGGUAGACAAUAGAUAGGUUCCAGAAGAAUCCAGAUACAGGAACGAGGAACACAUUUGUGGAUAGUCUAUGGCUGAUGGAAGAAGUCAGAAUUCAGAGCCUUUCGUUUUUUAAGAAAAUUAGAAGCCGUUUCAGGCAUUGAACCUGGGUCAGCUGCGUAAUUUUUGUUUCAGAAUUAUGGGUGACAUGUAUGAAGGGCCUAUUGAGGAGGUGUUGACAAACAGCACCUUGUGGUUAUAAAAAGGAAAGCAACAAGGAUACCCAGAAAUUUUGGAUUGACGCGACUGUAAGGGGAAAAAGAAGCAGAACAUUGAACCUAAUCUCGAGAAGAGCAGGCUAGAAAUAUAACGAAAGAGCACAAAAAUUCAAUGGGAGGGAGGCCGUGCAAAGUUAACCUCUAGCAUCUAUCCCUGGAGCAUGAUGUCCCUAGAAUUGGGGAAGAGAGAUGGAAAAAGGCUUUAGUGAAACCUGAAGAAGCUUGGGGUUCGAGAAAACAUGCUUGAGAAGAUAGGUGAUUGCUGAUGGAGGCUAUGGAAAGUGAAGGGAGGGGGGAUGGGUGGGAGGGGCCACUCUUGAGUUCUGAUAGCCAGUGAAGUCUGUAAGGCUAUAAUGAAAAUGGAGGGAGGGUUGUCUUUCCAGUUGCUGAGGUUGUGAAUUGUUAUUUAUCCAGCUGCUGUACUUUCCUCAAAUUCUACCUCAGAUUUGUGUUCCAGAUGAUUUAACUGGAAGAAUCCAUCUUGCCCUUCACACACUAUCACAUGCUUACUGAAGAGAUGCUCACAGAAGACUGGAAGCCUGGCCUUGGGGAGAAUUUGGAGUUACUGCAAACAUGCUGUGAUUCUGCACAUCCACAAUACUCUCUGAAACACCAAAUCAGAGGAUUAAUAUAGAUGGAUGAUGUAUUAGUAAAAGGUCUUGUAACCCUGUCUCUUUCCCAUCCUAUUUGCCUGUGCUUCCCAACCAAUUUCCUUUGUUUUACUCUCAUGUUUCCUUCAAAAGUUCAUUUGCUUUAUUGCUUUUGAGGUACCUGUUUGACAUGAUAUGCUUCUCUUGAUUUUGCUCUUGUCCUAUUCCCCCGAUUUUUUUCUGUCUAAAGCAAACAUUUUUCUGUUUUAGGGCCCCUUUCCCCAACUGACUAAUAGAGAUGAAAAAGUUUCUAAUCUCUGAUUUUCUUUGUUGAUGGUUAGGAGUAAUCAAGUAAAAAAAUUGUAGCAUU